GUGUUGUUUACACAGCCUGCUUGUCGCCGCCUCAUCCGCAGUACACUGAUAGUGCCCCACUCACUUCUCUCCUGUGUGGCACUGGUGGCCCCCAGUGUGUAAUACUUCCCCUGCCAGAGUGGUUAUCAAGAAUCUAACACCUUUUGUUGCAAUACUGUAUAUCUAUAUAUGACUAUCGAGUGACGGGACGGAAAAUUUUGUACAGUGAUCGAGUUUGGACGGAGUGGCAAGUGCCCAGCUACUCAGGGAACAGAUAACUUGGAUUAUGAGCACGGUGCUGUGGGUCAUACAUUAUUAUUAUUGCUACUGUUGCUAAGUGUUAGCAGGACCCCUGUUCUGCUUGCGGCUCCUGGUGCUUCUCGUGUAGCGUGGGGAGACCAGUAGAGCCUUCAAGAUGAUGGCCGACGGGCAGUUGAUCGGUGACGGGUCGUGGGAGCUGCAUAUCAACGUCACCGAUCUGCAGGUGGAGAGAAUCCUCAGAGUGAAGAGCGAUCUGCACAUCGGUGGUGUAAUGCUUCGCCUCGUUGAAGAAUUAGAUAUUGCUGUUGAUUGGUCAGAUCACGCAUUAUGGUGGCCCAAGAAAAAUAUGUGGCUAACACACACCCGCUCCACUCUGGACCAAUAUGGGGUAGGGGCUGCAGCACAAUUGGAAUUUACACCCAUGCACAAAACCCUCCGUGUCCAGCUACCUGAUCUACGCUACAUGGACUUCAGAGUUGACUUCUCAAAGAAGACUUUCAAUUCCGUAGUUCAGCUCUGUAAACAACUGGGUAUUCGGUACCCAGAGGAACUGUCAUUUUGUAAGCCCCUGAGUGUGGACGACCUUAAACACAAUUACAGUGAGAAACAAAUGAAGAAGAAGAGCAGUGCUACAGUCAAGAAUGGUACACCAGCUGACACGAACUCAUUCAUAGCUAACAAGACUCACAACUCCAGUAAUGGCUCGCUGGAUCGUUCUGCAGCAUCCCAUCAUUCACCCAACAAAACACCCAUCAGCUCUCCGGGUGGUACUUGGCGGUUUAAUAGUAACAAUGGAGUGGGAAGUCUGAACACCACCAUGGACAGCAUUGAUGGGGCCGAUGACUUGAGUGCAUCUCUCUCAAAUUCCCCAUUACAUCCAUCAGAGCAAGCCCGCAACUCUCUCCUACGACCCAAGUCUCUUCUUGAAAGGGCUCGUAUGAAUGUAGCAUGGCUUGAUUCUUCACUGUCAAUAAUGGAACAAGGUGUACGUGGUUUUGACACACUCUUACUUCGCUUCAAGUUCUUCUCCUUUUAUGAUUUAAACCCAAAAUAUGAUGCAGUUCGAAUUAACCUCAUCUUUGAACAGUCCAAGUGGUCGAUCAUGAAUGAGGAAAUUGACUGUACAGAGGAAGAGAUGUUGAUGUUUGCUGCCCUCCAGCUUCAAGUAAACCUUCAGGUAAAUCAGCCACAGCCAGACAUAAACAGCGGGAAUGAGGAUGACAUUGACCGUGCCUUGAAUGAGCUCCAGAUAUCCCUGGAAGGUUCUCAUGUGGCCUCAACUCCUGCUGAUAUCAUGCACAUCCCUGAGUUGGCAGAUUAUCUAAAGUUCAUGAAGCCACGUCGGUUCACACUGAAAGGGUUCAAGCAGUAUUAUUUUACAUGUAAGGACAUGAGCUUGCGUUACUAUAAGAACAGUGAGAGUACCAAUGAGGAGCCCAUUGAGAAGAUUAGCCUACGGGGCUGUGAGGUGACUCCUGAUGUCAACAUUGCACAACAGCGCUAUGGGAUUAAACUAGAAGUUCCUGCAUCAGAUGGCAUGACUGAUUAUAUCAUCAGGUGUGCAACAGAAGACCAAUAUGCUAGGUGGAUGGCAGCCAUGCGGUUGGCUUCUAAGGGCAAGUCCUUGGCUGACUCAUCCUAUGACAGUGAAGUUAAGUCAAUCUUGGCCUUCCUGUCUAUGCAGCACCCUGCCCCUGCCCCAGUCCUUAACCCAGAGAGUCUUGACAUUCAGCCAGAACACUACAUGGCUCCACGUUUUGUGAGACGCAUUCGAGGCAAGGGGGGUUGGUGUGGAGGACCUAUACCUGAAUAUAUGGCUGUUCAACGCAUCUUGGAAGCCCACGCCAAUGUCAAGGAUUUGCCGCUAACAGAUGCAAAAUUACAGUACAUUCGUGCAUGGCAAGCUUUACCUGAAUAUGGUAUUGCACUUUUCCUUGUCAAGCAUAUGGGACAUAAGCGUGAAGAGUUGUUGGGUGUUGCAUUCAACAGAAUUAUGCGUAUGGACCCCAACACUGGUGAUCACAUCAAGACUUGGCGCUACAAUACUAUGAAGGCUUGGAAUGUGAACUGGGAAACGCGGCACAUGAUGAUCCAGUUUGAGGAGGACAAUGUGGUGUUUUCAUGCUUGACCGCUGAUUGCAAGGUGGUGCAUGAAUUCAUCGGUGGAUACAUUUUCCUCUCCAUGCGUACAAAAGAUGCAAAUCAAAAUCUCAAUGAUGAACUAUUCCACAAGUUGACUGGUGGAUGGGUCUGAGGUGAUCAAUAUCUUAUUACCUCGAAAUGCUAAUUUUUAUGCCGUAAAGCUUUUGUGUUUGGUUUAUUGUUUAUCUCUGUAAUUGAGUUAAUUUUAUUGUGAAAAUUUCUGCUCAGUAUUCUAAUGAUGCCUGCUUUAUUAAUAUCUUAUUUAUAUAAAAAUACCAGAGUCAGUGGUAUAAAGUAUAAAUCCCAUUAUAGUAUGUAGAAGUGUAAGAUUGUGAAUAGAGGUAAUUGCCAAGUAUUCAAAUAGUAGUAAAUGAUAAGAUCUAGAGUGUGAAGCUUUAAGGUGUGCCCAUGCUAUAAGUUAAAUGUAAGUUUGUCAAAUUUCUUCCAUAAAUGCCAGCUUGAAAAUUCCACCGCUUCAGAGAAUCAUUACAAGUGGCAUUGCUACCACAUUUAGUUAGGGAAAAAUAUUUAAUAUUCACAGACCAGUCAUUUGUUUACUAGGCUUUACAAAUUAACUAUCAACACUAAACUGUGUAUAUUUAUUUUACCAGUUGUGGAAUUUAUCAUUCAUGAUAUUGUAUGUUUUGCAAACUUUUGUGUAGCUUUUGCAGAUUUGGCUGCAAAUCUAUGUGCUCUUCCAUUUAAUAGAAAAAAGAAGGAUAUUUUGGUUUUGCAAAGAGUACUCUUUCCAUAAUGUGAAUAACUAAUGGAAUUAGAUUUUUAUGUAAAGAGCAUUGAAUAUCUCUUCUUUUAUUGCAAUUUGAUCUUAAUGUUUUCUUACAUGAUCGUAAACUUCAUGAGCAAUAUUAAUAUUUGAGAUGCCACUGUAUUAACAAAGUCAUUGGUUGGUUCUAAAUUAUAAGAAUUCUGAUUUAGGAUGUAAGUACAGUACACUAAAUCAUAUUUAUGUUUGGGUGAUUGUUUAGUGGAAGCAUUCACCAGCAUAGCUAUUAAUCUUCUUUAAUAAGAAAAUAAUUCUUUGCUAUUUGUUUUGCUUGGAGAAAUUUUAUGCACAAAACAGAGGCACUUGUAAACUUGUGACUUAGAGGCUUUAAUAGUAUCUCCAGGUAGGAGUUAGAAACAUGACCUAAACAUUUUACCAUGUCGCUGCAGUUAUUAGAAUUUUCACAGUUAAUUUGUAUAUGUUCUAUGUACACUAGCUUUAUUGAACUACAUGUAUUAUUUAAGAUUAGACUUUAUGAGACUCAUAGGUCCUAAUGUGUGCUUAAUAAGUGUUUGCAUAUGUAAAAAUAUAGCAUAUGGUUAACAUAGUAGAUUCUGAAGAAAAAAAAAUCCUUUAAACAGGUACAAUUUAUUUUGCCUGUCAUAUUUCUUGCUUGCUUUUUACAAUAUUUUGGUGAAAUAUAGUAUUAUAAUGCUUAAUAUAUAUAGAGGCAGUGCUUUUUUUAUUAAGUAUUAUAUUUGUAUAGUAUAGGUAGUUGAAGUUUACCAUAAGGAGAGUGACUUUAAAGGUUUAAUAGACAAAUAAUAAGUAAAGUAUAGUAUCAUACUAUUACAAGAUCUGCUUAUAAAUAACUUAUAUUAAUAUGUUGAAAAUCGAUUCCAGUUGUAUGUUAAAAGGGAAACGAGAUUAAAAAGUUUAAUUUUAUAGUAAAAGACUGUUAUGAAUGUUGCAAAUAUUGUUUAAAAUUGCACAGAUCAUAUUUUAAGCUUUUAAAGAAUGAUAUUGACUUGUUGCAGAUCUUGACUAAGACUAUUGCAGGCCUUGGCCAAGUUUGUUGGGGGUCUUGCUCAAGAUUUUUCCGAGUUUGCUUUAAGGUCUCCAUAGCUAUGCUCAAAAUAAUAGACAAUCAUGGAAAUGUUUAACACAAAUUAUUAAUUAAAGUAAUUAUGGUGUAUACAGCAGUGGAAAUUUGCAUAUUUAAGAAAUUGAAACUAAUGAUAAAUAUUAAUGACUAUACUAACUCUUGUGAUGCCAAUUGAAAACCUUUUGAUUAUCUUAUAGUAAUUUCUGUGUAUAACCAUGAAAAUUUAGUAAUUUUGCACUGUUCAAUUAUUAAUUGCAAUAAAAGGCAUUCUAGUAUCUAGUUGAAAUUCCACUUUAAUGGUGAAAAAGUGUAUAGCAAAAAGUAAUAUAGGGAAAAAAAUAUUUACAUUUGACACAAUUUUUUUUUUUAUUUCUUGUUAACAAAUCAAUUUGUAGAAUGUAAAACUUAUUAAUACUGUGUAAAUAUUAAUUUGUCCAAAAGAGGAUUUUUGUUUUGUAUAAACAAAAAAAUAUGGGGAUUUUUGGAUAACAUUUUUAGGUGACAAGUUUCUAGGCCUGCUUUCAGUCCAGAUAUGUGUGAAGAAUUCUGAGUAACGUUCAUGGAGUUUCAGCACUGUUGACCUCCACAAAUUAGUCAAACUGUGCAAGAUAAUAGAUUCCUGAUGCAAUAACCAGAAAAAAGUCUUGCUAUUAAUGAUAUCUGCCAAUUGUAGCCUUAGUAAUGGUGCCUACUGAUGCAUUUAAUGCUGUAAUUUAUAUUAUGCAGUUUAAAUGUAUUUCAUUUGACGUUCAUAGAAUUCAUUCUGUUUAAUUUCAUAUUUUGUCCAUAAUCAUAACCUUUUAAAAUAUUGAGGGUUGUUAUCUUUCAAGUGUGGAACUAUGCCUAAUGAUUAUUAUCCCAAAGUCUGUUCAUUUAGUUUCAGAAUCCAUAAAAAAAAUGGAGAGAUGGAGAAGUUAGGUAUACCUUAAGGCUACCCAGAGACUUUCAGACUGCCACUUGAAAAAAAAAAAAAAAUCUUAUUUCUUGCUAUUUUGCUCCAUCCACUGUAUGUAUUUUAGUGAAAUUUGGGUUAUACUUUACAUUACUAAAUUUGAAUCCUUUGGUGUUUUCACAUGUAUUUUAAUAUAUACUGUAAUAGACCUCCAUUACAGGAGCCCUCAAGAAGUAUAAUUGAACUACUGCAGUAUUAGCUCGAAUCAGGCAAUGUGUCAUAUCAUUCCACUGCUGUUUGGAAGUUCCUGGGCCUUGAAUCCAGCUUCCUAUCUCUCUGGCUAUAUGUAUGAAAUGUGAUGCAUUAGUACUUUUAAUCCUUGUUUAAUAUUCUUUUACGUACUGUAUUUAAUAACUUUUGUUUUAUAUAUCAGAAUUUGAUCCAUGUUAUAUUCAUUUCUUACAUAAUCUAGAGAUUAUAUAAGAAACAUUAAAACUAUGAACAUAGUUUAUAAGAAAUUUUUUAAAUAAUAACUAAUACAAAUUAAAAAAAAACCUUUGCCAAUAGUUUUCCAAAGGAUUGAAGUUACUGUCAUCACACAAGAACUCAUGGCACUCGAUGUAUGCAUAUUUUGAUUGUUAUUUGUUACCUCAAUCCUAAUUUUUACUGCACAUCACCUAUGAAGAGUUGGUCCUCAAUUCGCUCAGGAGAAUGUCAGAAUUCUUCGAAGUUUAACUUAAAAAAUUCAACAACAAUAAUACAUUAUUCAGUAGAUAUACGUAUAUAUAUAUUUUUUUUUAUCAAAUAUCUUUUACUGUGACUGUAAUUCCUACUCAAUUUAUCAUCCUCCCCUCCCCCCCAAAGACUUACCUUAGUUCUUCAUAUAUUUGUAAAUAACCAGAAUAUUUGACAAACUGUAUAUACAAUUCUGAUAAGUUUUGCUCAUUUUGUUAUCAGCUUAAACUGGGCUUCUCUACUUCCAUAAAUGUCUUCUACAUGGUAGUGAUGUGAUUGGUCCUUGUAAAAGGGAAGUACAGUACAUUGCUAAUAAAUUUACCAAAUAUAUGUGAUACCAAGA